GACAAUAAUGUACCUUGUAGUAGUUAAUCCUUCCAUGCCCUACUCUCUCUCUCCUCCUCUGCCCUCUCUAUAUCUUCUUCUCUGAGCUACUUCGUGUACUUCAGUCUUCUCUCUGCCUUUCUGUUAUUUCUGUACUUUCUUCUGUCACUGACUAAAUAUCUCUCUCUCUCUCUCUCUCUCCCACCAACAUGGUGCAGUCAAAGAAGUUCAGAGGAGUCAGGCAGCGUCAUUGGGGUUCUUGGGUGUCUGAAAUUCGACACCCUUUACUGAAGAGGAGGAUAUGGCUAGGCACGUUUGAAACGGCAGAAGAGGCAGCUCGAGCUUAUGAUCAAGCUGCAAUCUUGAUGAGUGGUCGCAAUGCAAAAACCAAUUUUCCCGUAAAUCAAACCCCAAAUGGAGACCCAAAAUCCAGUGAUCCUUCUUCAAUUAGUACUAUUACUACUGCUGCUGCUCCAUCCAAUGGUUUAUCUGAAAUCCUGCAUGCAAAGCUUCGUAAGUGCAGCAAAACACCAUCUCCAUCCAUGACGUGUUUGAGGCUUGACACUGAGAAUUCCCACAUUGGGGUGUGGCAAAAGCGCGCCGGUCAGGGCUCUGAUUCCAACUGGGUCAUGACAGUGAAGCUUGAUAAGAGAAACCUCCAGGUUUCUGAUGGUACAUUGCCAUUGACAGAGUCAUCGGAGACGCUACCAUUGCCGGAGUUGAGAACAGAAAUGGAUGAAGAAGAGAGAAUAGCACUGCAAAUGAUUGAAGAGCUUCUCAACAUGAACUGUCCAAGUCCACCCAUUUGUGACGAUCGAGAUGGACAUGGUGGCAAUGGCUUCUGACUUUGAAUUAAUUUCUCGUGGGCUGGUUUUCACUUACGAGGGAGCAAAUGGGUUUGUAUAGAUUUGCUGUUGGUGUUUCUGGUGCAAUAAGAAUAGAUAAAAGAUAGAAAAUGUGAAUUUUCUACCAGCUUAAUUAUUAUGAAAAACUUAUUUAAAUCAUAUUUAUAUAAAUGUUGCAGAAAUAUAUGAAAUUUCACGUGAUUAUGUAAA